AUGGCUGUCAAACGGAAGGCAGCAGAGGAAGCUCAGAGACAGCUGAAGAGGAUACAGCUAUCGAGGCCAGGCCAAGAAGAAAAAUACGACGACUCCGAUGCUGACUGCGACUCCUCGUCCAUCGUCGAUGAAGUUGCGUACUCGGACGACGAGCUGCAUCCAACGCCGCUGACACCGUUCUCGCCUGCCUCGUCCAAAUACCCAUCCGAGCUCAAGACGCAUCACUGUCCCUACGAUAACUGCAGCAAGGCGUUCAACCGUCCUGCACGUCUUGCCGAGCAUCUCCGAUCCCAUACCAACGAACGCAUAUUCGCCUGCACGUACGAUGGAUGCGAGAAGAACUUCCUCCGAGCAUCCCAUCUAAACCACCAUGUUAAGAGUGCACAUACCCUUGUACGAGACUACGUGUGUGAGCGGGAAGGGUGCGGGAAGGCGUUUGCUACGGGUUCAAGGCUCAGGAGACAUCUAGCUGCCCAUGAGGGGCGGGAUAAAUAUACGUGUACGGAAACUGGUGAAGGAGGGAGAGAAUGCGGAGAGACGUUCCGUAAACACUCGACGCUGCUGAAGCAUGUUAUGAUGGUGCAUUUGAAGAAGAGGCCGUUUCCGUGUCAGGCUGUGCUGGGGUCGGGGAAGACCUGUACGGCCGCGUUUGAUACGGCGGGUCAUCUGAAGGCCCAUGAACGGAGGGUUCACGGAGAGGCGCGGUUUACCUGUACGGAAUGUAUGAGCGUUGAUGAAGAGGCAGAAGGGGGGAACGGGUUUAGUUUCCCGACAUAUGCAUUGCUACAAUUGCAUAUGCGUUCCGUGCAUCCUCCUACCUGUCCGAGCUGUGCGCAUACCUGCUCGUCGGCAAAGGAUCUACGUCGACACAUGGAGAUAUCGCAUGGGACUGUAUCUGUGGACGAUCGACGAACGCAUCCCUGCCAGCAUCCAGGCUGUGGACGUAGCUUUACAAAAAAAGGCAAUCUCAACGUCCAUGUCAAGACGGUGCAUGAGGGGGAGAAGCGGUUUGCGUGCGGCGAGACGGAUCUCUCUACGUCCAAGAAGGUGGAGGGCUGGGACGGGGCUGAUGCCUGUGGGAAGCGGUAUGGUAGUAAGCUCGCGCUGGAAGAGCAUGUCAGGACUGCACAUAUGGGAUAUCGGAAUGCUAGGGCUGAGAGGAAGGCGAAGACCCCUACCUCGUCCAAGUCCGCGUCUGCGUCCGCGUCUGCACCCCAAGGCCCAUCGAAUGUCGCUCUGCUUACUGGUCAAGGUUACGCGGAAGAGUCCGUUAACCGCCAGAUACCGUGUCUACUAGCGGAGUGCGAGCACAGGUUCCGCCGUGACUACGAUCUCUGGCUGCACAUGGGAACUAAGCACGGCAUGGACGAGAACGAGGUGCAGAUUCUCUUCAUGCAGCGAGCCAUGCAAGGCGGGAACGAGAGUUUUGCCCGGCCUGCUUUUGAGUAUGAGAUGGACAUGAUGUGCGGCAACGAAGGCGAAGGCGAAGGCGACGGCGGUGACGGUGGUCGUGGCCGUGGCCAUAUCGAUCAGGGUCUCUAUGCAUAUCCCGAUGUUAGCGUCGAUGAGGUCAUGGCAAGCCACGAUGAAGACCAGGAACGUAAGGACGAUCGGUUGGGCGGGUUGGGCGGGUUGGGCGGUCUCGUCGACCCGCUUCUGACGUAG